UUUACCCUAUGUUACCACAAAAUUACUAACAUUGUUGUUCGUGUUGGCCCUGCCAGUGGACCAACCGAGCAGUCGCUGCUCCUGAAUUCUCACUAUGAUACCAUGCCCGAUACGCCUGGAGCUACUGAUGAUGCUGUGUCUUGCGCCAUUAUGAUGGAUGUGUUGAAUGUUAUGUCACAAUCGGAUGAACCACUGAGAAAUGAUGUAGUUUUCUUGUUCAAUGGAGCUGAAGAGAACUUUCUACAAGGUGCACAUGGAUUUAUCGAGAACCAUCCAUGGCGGCAUACUAUCCAUGCAUUCAUCAAUCUUGAAGGGACUGGCUCCGGCGGGCGCGAAAUUCUGUUUCAGGCUGGUCCGGGGAACUCCUGGCUGUUGCAAACGUACCUCGAGGCGGCACCGCAUCCAUUCUGCAGUGUUCUUGCCCAAGAAAUCUUUCAGUCUGGUAUCAUACCAUCCGAUACGGACUUCCGUAUCUUUCGUGAUUAUGGAAGGAUCUCAGGACUAGACAUUGCUUACACGAAAAAUGGAUGGGUUUAUCACACUGAGUUUGAUGAAGAGUGGCGAAUUGAAGCCGGCGCCAUCCAGAGAGCGGGAGAGAAUGUGCUUGCUGUUGUUCGUGCUAUUUUGAAGAGCCCCUACUUGGUCCAAGCAGCAUCCUUCGAAGAGGCCAAUAAAUGGGUGUUCUACGAUGUUGUUGGUCUUUUUACCAUCUUCUAUACGGUGACAGUUGGUGAGUUUGUGUUCAUAACUUUAUAUCUAAGGCAGUCGAUGCACUUUUUAAGGCCAAAUUCUCAAUUAUGGCACAUGCGCAGUAGUUGUCGCACUUGUUGCUUUUCGUAUCAUGCGCGGUCACUACACAUUGAGUGAUC